AUGGAAACGCUCACAGAAACACUACCACUCUCCCAAAACACCCUGCAAGAUGAAUUCGAGAGCAGACUACGCGACCUCCUCUCCAGCAUCAGGAAAGUCGACGUGCCGACCCUCAAUCUCUCCCUCAUCCCGGAAAGUUCACCUAAAAGUAUUCCCCGCGUCUUACUUCGCUAUGCCGACGCCCUUAGAGACGCAGGGUACAAGCCCGAGGCCGAAGCCCUGGAUCUAGUGCGCGAAAAGGCACUCGACAAGAAAGCCUUUGGAGGACUGGGUCUGCGCGACGAAGAAGAAGACGGCGCCGCUACUACGACUCCCGCGCAGCAGGCUGAUGCGCUCUUCCUCGUCGAGGCGUGGCUCGAGGCCGUCAACUCACGCGAACGGGCUACCGAUUUUCUCUCGUACAGGACCGCUCCUGCAGAGGGGACGAGGCCGAUGACUCUCGCGCAGAAGAUCUUCGCGCAGCAUGUCAUUGGAGAGAAACCCCCUAAAGGACUGGCGGCUGGCGAUGUCGUCAGGGUUGGCAUCGACUGGAUCCUGGCAUCAGAAUUGUCGUGGGGGGGUAUGGCCCGGACGUGGAAACGACUGGGCUCUCCAUCAAUCUGGCGCAACGACCGCUUCUGGCUGGCCGGCGACCACGUCGUCCACCCGGCGGUGGCGCAGGUGCCCAAGGUCAAGGCCAUGGUCGAAGUGGCGGAACAGGCCAAGAACGAGUUCAAGAUGACCGAGUAUCAAGGCAUGAACUACACCAUCAUGCACACCGAGUUCGUCCGGGAACGCGUCGAGCCGGGCAUGCUGGCCAUCGGGUCCGACUCGCACACCUGCUCUGGCGGCGCCGUCGGCUGUCUGGCAAUAGGACUCGGCACGGCCGACGUGAUGAUGACGCUGACCCUCGGGGAGACGUGGUUCAAGAUCCCCGAGUCGAUCCUCAUCGAGUUUGUCGGCCAGCCGGCCUUUGGCAUGUCGGGCAAGGACGUCAUCCUCUACAUCCUCGGCGAGCUCAAGCGCAACACCGUCGCCGCGGAGCGUAUUGUCGAGUUCGCCGGCGAGGGUCUCAAGUAUCUCUCCGUCGACGCCCGGUUCGCCAUCUCCAACAUGUGCACCGAGUUCGGUGCCAUCACGGGCAUCUUCGUGCCGGACAGCAUCACAAGAGAAUACAUUGCGCGCCGGCGGAGGAAGGCCAACCGCGUCAACUCACUCUACUUCCAACCAGACGCCGAUGCAGAGUAUGCAGGCAGAUAUACCAUCGACCUGUCCAAGGUCGAGUCCUCGGUAGCCGUCUACCCGAACCCGGACGACGUGGUCCCCGUCUCGCAGAUGGCCGGGAAGCCACUCGACGGAAUCUUCAUCGGCGCCUGCACGACCACCGAGGAAGAGCUGGUCCUCGCGGCGCUGGUCCUCAAAGUCGGCCUGGACAGGAAACUGCCCCUGACCAAGGGCAAGAGACACUACGUGCCGGGAUCGUUGCCCAUUGUCGAGAAGCUAAAGGACCUGAAACUGCUCGAGAUAUACGAGGCCGCGGGCUUCACUCGCGGUCCGCCGGGCUGUUCAUACUGUGUCGGACUCUCGGCCGAGCAUGCUGAUGAAGGGGAAACGUGGCUGAGCUCUCAGAAUCGCAAUUUCCAGAACCGUAUGGGAAAGGGCGCAUUCGGCCAUGUCACGUCGGCCAUGGUCUGCGCAGCCUCGAGCUUCAGCAUGUCCAUCACCAGCCCCGCGGACUUUCUCAAGGAUCUGGACUUGGAUUUCUUCAAACGAUACCGCCCUCUCUCGGACGUCGAUAUGGUUCCUGUCGAAUACGUCGAGCCCGACCUCGACAGGUCAUCAAGUGCCGCAAAGACGAACAGCACAAUCACCAAACCGAUAGAUCCAGCACCGAAUGCGGAAGACCAGCCACCGAGGAAACUGGACAAGAUCUCCAGCAAGAUCGUCACGCUAGGCGACUUUAUCGACACAGACGCGCUGGCUCCAGGACACACAUUGACUUCGUGCGUAACCGACGAAGACUUUGGCGAACACGUCCUCGAGCACACGCACCCCGAGUUCCGGGCCAAAGUGCGUGGAGGCCAGCAGGUCGUGGUGGCCGGACAUGCCUUUGGGGUUGGAUCGAGUCGCGAGAUGGCCGUGGGUGCUUUGAAAGGCGUUGGUGUCCAGGCGGUAAUAGCCCGCUCAUUCGCCUUCAUCUACGGCCGCAACCAGCCCAGCCUCGGCCUGCUAGGAGUGACCAUGGCGGACGAGGCCUUCUACGACGUCGCGCGGGAAGGCGAGGAGAUCACACUGGACAUCCCCGCGCGGACCAUCACGGUCGCCGGCCAGUCGUUCCCCUUCACGUUGUCCGAAAUGGAAUAUAACCUGACCAUCAACAACGGCGUGGCCGAGAGUUAUCGCAAGUUUGGCAAGGGUAUCUGGGAGCGCUUCACGGGCGCGGGGAAAGAGGAGGCCGAGAUGUCCAUUGUCAGGGCGGCGGUGCAGGGUAGUGGGGAGGAAAGUCAGAGGGGUGAUAAGAAGUUGGACUGGUAG